AUGAAUAUUAUGGAAAUGGAAAUUCUUCUGGGUGUUUAAUAUGAUUUAGCAGACACAAAAUGGUCCAGCGACUGACUUUGAGGCGACGUCUGUCGUACAACACACGCUCCAACAAGAGGCGCAUUGUGCGUACUCCCGGAGGCCGCUUGGUGUACCAGUACGUGAAGAAGAACCCCACUGUGCCGCGUUGUGGUCAGUGCAAGGAGAAGCUUCAUGGAAUCACACCCUCCAGACCCAGUGAGCGUCCUAGGAUGUCCAAGCGUCUGAAGACUGUUUCCAGGACCUACGGAGGAGUUCUGUGCCACAGCUGCCUGCGCGAAAGGAUCGUUCGUGCCUUCCUUAUCGAAGAGCAGAAGAUCGUCAAGGCGCUGAAGAGCCAGCGGGAAGCUUUGGUCAAGCCCGUCAAGAAGGUUGUGGAGAAGAAGCCGGUUAAGGCCGCCGCCAAGAAGCCAGCGGGUAAGACUGCCGGAAAGCCAGGUGCCAAGGCCGUUGGCAAGAAGCCCGCCCCCAAGGGAGCCGUCAGGCCCAAGAAGUAAACCGGACCCAUGAAAUCGAGGGAUCCUCUUGGAGCGUUGACAUCGGGCUGAUUUUUGUAAUAAAGAAACUACUGGAGAAGUUAA